GACUCUUUUAAAUUGCUGGCUGUUUUGUUCGAUAUCGUCCUACACUCUUCUCUUCAAACCCAACAACAUUAUUUGUACUAAUCAUUAUCAAGCCGCGCUCGAUUUUCUCAAAUCAUACCUCCACCUGUACAAACAUUAAUCUUAUAAAAACCCCCCUCCGCCAUUUUCCCUGUCAAAUUUUUCUCUUCUUUUUUCUCUGCAUUUAUAAACACGCGCAUCUACUAUUUUUCUGUAACAUAAUCCCACUUCUCCUUCUUACCACAAUUUAUCUUCCCUUACUAACCCAAUAAUGUCUUCCGGCGCAAAGAAACUCUGGGGUGGUCGCUUCUCGGGCGCCACCGAUCCGCUCAUGGAGGCGUUCAACGAGUCGAUCCACUUUGACCGGCGCAUGUUCGCAGCCGACAUUCAAGGCUCGCGUGCCUACGCCAAGGCACUUCACAAGCAAGGCAUCCUGACGCUCACCGAGCAGUCCCAGCUGGACAAGGGCCUUGCCACGGUUCUCUCCGAAUGGCAAGCCGGCACUUUUGAGCUCAAGCCCGGAGACGAGGACAUCCACACAGCCAACGAGCGCCGUCUGGGCGAGAUCAUCGGGUCUGUAUCCGGCAAGCUGCACACUGGGCGGUCGCGCAACGACCAGGUGGCCACAGAUAUGCGGCUGUGGCUGCGUGACGAAGUCAAGCAGAUGGUCAACUUCCUGCGCGAGCUCGUUGGCGUGCUGGUGAGCCGUGCGCAGACCGAUGUUGACGUGUUGAUGCCUGGGUACACGCAUUUGCAGCGCGCGCAGCCGAUCCGCUGGUCGCACUUCCUCUUGAGCUACGCGUUCUCGUUCCAGCAGGACACGCAGCGGCUGGAGGAGUCCUUGCCGCGCAUCUGCCAGCUGCCGCUGGGUUCGGGUGCCCUCGCCGGCAACCCGUUCCAGGUCGAUCGCCAGUGGCUGGCUAAGGAGCUCGGGUUCUCGUCCGUCACGCCUAACUCGCUCUACGGAACGUCUGACCGCGACUUUGUCGCCGAGUUCCUUUUCCACUGCUCCCUGAUUAUGGUGCACAUUAGCCGACUUGCCGAGGACCUUAUUAUCUACUCAACUGCAGAGUUCGGUUUUGUGCAGCUCGCAGACGCGUACAGCACGGGCAGCAGCCUGAUGCCGCAGAAGAAGAACCCCGAUAGCUUAGAGCUUUUGCGUGGAAAGAGCGGCCGGGUUUUUGGCGAUAUGGCCGGGUUCAUGAUGACUUACAAGGGUCUGCCGAGCACGUACAACAAGGACAUGCAAGAGGACAAGGAGCCCAUGUUUGACGCCGUCGAUACGCUGACUGGAUCACUGCAGAUCACUGCCGCCGUCAUUGCCACGCUGAGAAUCAACGCUGACAAGAUGAAGAACAGCCUGACCGGUGACAUGCUGGCCACUGACCUCGCCGAGUACCUCGUGCGCAAGGGCGUCCCCUUCCGUGAGACGCAUCAUAUUUCGGGCGCUGCCGUCAAGAUGGCUGAGGACCGCGGAUGCCAGAUCAGCGACCUUUCAGUGGCGGAUCUCCAGACCCUGCAUACGUCGUUCUCCAACGAUGUUCUGCUUGUGUGGAACUACGAGAAGAGCGUGGACAACCGCAGCUCGAUUGGUGGCACCAGCCGUGUUACCGUGCUGGCCCAGAUCGAGCAGCUGAAGUUGUGGCUGAACUAGAAUGUUUAUUUUGUUUGUUUGUUUGUUUGGAUGUGCAAUAAUUUAUGCGUUGAAUACAAAUAAUUAAUCCUAUUUUUCCUAUUUUUCCUAUUUUUGCCUCGUUAAAAUAAAAUCAUUUCUACUUUUCAA